CUUCACUUUUCAAAUCUUGGCGCCAAGUAUUAGUAACAGAAAUCGCAAGCCGUUGAUCAUGGAGCUCUUUCAAUCCUCUCUACUAUUCUCCCAUCAACAACUUUCUUAUGCCGACAUUCUUUCUCCUUCUCAGGUACGAGCUAGAAUCGAAGUAGCAGUGUUAAAUUUUCUCAAAGUAUUGAACUCUACGAAACCAGAAAUCUCCGAUCUUCCAUUGACGAAUCGAAAUUUGAAGAACACGAAUGUUUAUAGAGGUUUAAUGAGUGAUGAUAAUUCACACAUUUUUCUCUCUCAUUCAUUCUCUAAACGGUCGUUGACGCGAGAACAUGCUUCCAAAUCGUUUGUUAGAGUGUGGAAAGUAAUGGAAAUGUGUUAUCAGAUUCUGGUGGAGGAGAAGAGAGUUACGCAACGAGAACUGUUUUAUAAGCUGCUUUGUAGUUCAUCUGAAUUCUUUAGCUCUCAAAUUCAGGUUAAUAGAACUAUUCAAGAUGUGGUUGCAUUGCUUCAUUGCAGCAGAUAUAGUCUUGGGGUCAUGGCUUCGACAAGGGGGCUCAUUGCUGGCCGGCUACUGCUACAGGAGCCAAAUAAAGAGGUUGUGGACUGUUCACUUUGUGGGUCUUCAGGACAUCCUAUCUCGAGCGACAUAAGCAUGCUGGAGUCACUCACAAUGAAAACAGAUGCACGAUACAUUAUUGUUAUAGAGAAGCAUGCUAUAUUCCAACGAUUGGUCGAAGAUUGCUUCUUUAACCAAGUACCAAGCAUUCUUAUCACAGCCAAAGGUUACCCAGAUUUAGCUACAAGGUUUCUUCUUCAUAAGUUGACCAAAGCUUUUCCUAAUUUGCCUGUUUUGGCUCUGGUUGAUUGGAAUCCUGCUGGUUUAGGUAUUCUGUGUACCUUCAAGUAUGGAAGCAUUGGGAUGGGACUGGAGGCAUACAGAUAUGCUUGUAAUGUGAGAUGGUUAGGAGUAAGAGGAGAUGAUCUCCAGCUAAUACCAGAGGAAUCUAUGGUCCCAUUGAAGCCAAAGGACAGGCAGAUUGCUAAAAGCCUCACAUCUUUGGAGAUACUUCCGAGUGAGUACCAGGAGGAAUUAUCAUUGAUGAUCCAAAGCGGUCAUAGAGCAGAAAUUGAAGCUCUCUAUUAUCGUGGAUAUGACUUCCUUGGAAAAUAUUUGGCAAAGAAAAUAGUCCAGGCCAAUUACAUAUAGAAGAUGAACAUGGGUGAUGUAUACUCGUAUUUCCGAAGCUAGAACUGGUAUAGGAUGCACUGGUGUUGUAAUGUUCUUCCACGGUGUUCAUGUACUCUUCCAUGUCCUCUCCUCUCAUGUCGCCCUUCGCUCUCUCAGUUUUCUGGGAUUUGUGGGAUGGUAAAUUCAAGAUCAGAGAAGAUGAAACUUAUAAGAAGGCAAAGCCAAAGCAGUAGUGUUGUACACAAUCAUGAAUCAUUUGUAUCUUUACUAGAUUAAUUCUUAAUUAAUUGGAUUAAUAAAUUAAUCGAAAAUAGGCCAAUUUUCUUAUUGAAAAAAGGCAAAAAGCUAUAGAAGUGCUCGUUAUUCAUACUUCUGCACAAUUUUAGCCUUUUCAUUCUUUUAAUUACAUUUUAAUAACAUUUUAUAUAUAUUUUGUUAUCAUGCCAAAACUUCUGGAUUUUACGAGGAAUCUGGAUACCCAGUAUUGAAAAUUUUGUGCUGUACAGAAUAUUUAUUUUGUACUUUAUUUUAAUAAAUAUAUUUAUUUUAUUAAUAAACUUAUAUAUAUUUUUUUUCAUUAAUUUUUUCAUAUACGGAAAAAAAAAAGGCUUUGUGCAGUUAAUCACCUUGCACACCCUCAGACCCCUCUAAGGAUAGCCUUUCAUCAUCAAAUUACUUAUUAGUUUGGAUAAUCUAAUUCUUGAGUCGUAAAACCUCUCAGAAAAUGAUCGAUUCUUUGACUCUUCGUACAUAAUAAAUGAGUUUUUACUGUUGAAUUGAUCUCUAGAAUGUACUCUGUUUCGCAAACCAUCUUUUUCAUGGUUGGUCCAAAUUACAAAAGUUAAACAGCUGUUGCUUUUAAAUAUGGCGAUUAUCCACCCUCAUUCUUAAACCCUUUACCUAUUUUCUUAAACAUCAGUUGGUUCACAAAUUAUUGUGAGACCGCCUUUUUGGACCGGCCUAUAAAAAAAAAUAUAGAAUAAGAAUAGUCAUCAAACUUUAAUGAAUUGGGCCAUGUCUCUCAGGAAAAUGACUACGGUUGG